AUGGUUUCUGUCAAAGUUCUUCUUGCUGUGGCUGCCAUCAAAGGGUGGUCUCUUAGUCAAUUGGAUGUUAAUAAUGCUUUUCUACAUGGGGAUUUGGAUGAAGAGGUGUAUAUGGCUCUUCCACAAGGGUUUCACAGCCAGGGGGAGGUUGUUUGUAAGCUCAACAAGUCCCUUUAUGGUCUCAAGCAAGCUUCUAGGAAGUGCGGUGAUAUUUUCAUGGUUCCAUUGGUGUAUGUGGAUGAUGUCUUGAUAGCCUGUAAUGACAAGGUUGAAGUUGACAGGUUUAAGAUCAUGCUAGGUGAUAAGUUCAAGUUAAAAGAUUUGGGGGAUUUAAAGUUUUUCCUUGGUUUGGAGGUUGCUAGAUCAGACAAAGGAAUUGCUCUUUGUCAAAGGAAGUACACUCUUGAGCUGCUUAAUGAUACUGGAUUGUUAGGAUGUAAGUGUGCUAAUACUCCUAUGGAGCAAAAUCAAAAGUUGAGCAAGUUUGAAGGAGAAGUGCUCAAGGAUCCUAGCCACUACAGAAGGCUGGUAGGCAGGCUCUUGUACUUAACAAUCACAAGACCUGACAUUACAUUUGUUGUCCACAAGCUUAGCCAGUUUAUGUCCAAACCAAGAAGGCCACACCUGGAUGCAGCACAGAGAGUAUUGCAGUAUUUGAAGAGUGAACCAGGCAAGGGGCUUAUGUUUUCUGCUACCACAGAUUUGCAUUUAAAAGGGUUUGCAGAUGCAGAUUGGGCUGCAUCCCCUGAUACUAGGAGGUCUGUAACUGGGUAUAGCAUUUUCCUUGGGGAUUCUUUGGUGUCUUGGAAGUCCAAGAAGCAAUCCACAGUCUCAAGGUCUUCGGCAGAAGCUGAGUACAGAUCCAUGGCAGUUGCAACCUGUGAAAAAGUGUGGAUUUUAUAUUUCCUCAAGGACAUUAGAGUGCAUCAUGAAAGAGAGGCCUCGUUGUUUUGUGAUAGUCAAGCAGCCCUUCAUAUUGGUUCUAAUCCUAUCUUCCAUGAGAGAACAAAGCACAUAGAAAUAGAUUGUCAUGUGGUUAGAGAUAAGGUUUUAGAAAAGGUAAUCAAAUUGAAUCAUGUUAGAACUGAUUGCCAGUUGGCUGAUAUGCUCACUAAGGCUUUGGGUUAUAAUCAAUUCUCAAAUCUUACUUGUAAGAUGGGAAUGAUUAAUAUACAUAAACCAGCUGCUCUUGAGGGGGAGUAUCCGAGUAAAGAUGAGAAGAUGAAGCUAUCAGAUCAGAAGCAAGGUGAAGAUAUCAGAUCAGAUGCAAGAGCGGAGAACAAAGCCUUAAGCACAGAGCAGUAA